AUGACAAAUACCCAAAGAUUAACCAUCCUUGGCCCAACUUUUUUGGUUCUAGUUUCAUUCUGUUUCCUACUAAUUGUUAAUUUGAAUGGGACUAGAGGGUUACCUCAAUUGUAUUGGUCGGAGGUGGAGACAAUUACUAUUCGAGGAGCAAUAUAUGAGACAACCAGAUGGACUUCAUAUGGUAUAUGUGGAGUAGAUUUCAAUGGUGGAAAUGUGAACUGUACUACAAAGGUAAUUGCAUUUCCAUACUCACCAUAUUACUCUUUUCUUGAUAAGUCUACUUUACCUUCGGAAAUCUUUAAAAAUAGAGACUUAUACCUGUCACUUUCUAAAGCUGCAUUUGGUUUAUUUUUAUCUGGAUUGAUUUUAGUUUUUGUGACAUUAAUAUUAUUGGUAUGCUUCUGUUUCAUAUUAGAGUCUCUGUCGAUUCUAAUAUUAGGGGUUAUCAAUAACUUAAUAUCAUUCAUAAUAGUAACAACGGCUACAAUUUUGAUAAGUGUGCCACAUUUCAUGGGAGUUCAUGCUUUUGAAAAUUAUUCUCGUUAUCGUAUUCCUGCCCAUAUUGGAGCAAAGUUGUUUGGAAUAACAUUUGCAGCGGUGGCUACGCUAUUGUUGGCACUUGUGUGGCACAUAUGGGCAUUCUUGAUCAUUCGAAGAUAUAGAAGUUUCAUUCAUCAAAACAAUCAAAAUGGAUUUGAUGAUCGGUUAUAUAGCCCGGAUGAAAACACUUCUUGGGAUCAAAUGUACUCACAAACAGCAAGAAACAAUUCUUCAUCAACAAAGAAAUAUUCUACCGUUCGUACUGAAAGUAUUGCAGAUGAAAUUACUACUGAUAGGUAUACAAUUGAACCCAAAUGUAAAGAAGUGUAUGUCCCUGAACCUCGAGCUGAAACAAAAGAUCACAAUACUAGUGAAGAAAAACUUUAA